CCAUAAUAAUUUGCACCAAUAGAAAAAGUUACAAGUAGAUAUUAGCAAGUCUGGCAUACCCUUUAGCCUAUAUAACAAAACAUUAUAUCACCAUUUGAACAACCAAACUAAACAAAAUGGUAGAGAUGAAGAUCAAAAACCAUGAUCAAAAAAGGGUUAAGGGUGGCCUCAUCACUAUGCCCUUCAUCUUUGCUAAUGAGGUAUGUGAGAAGUUGGCUGUGGUCGGGUUUCAAACGAAUAUGAUUAGCUACUUGACACAACAACUCCAUAUGCCGAUGACUAAAGCCGCCAACACUCUAACCAACUUCGGUGGCACCGCUAGCUUGACCCCGUUGCUAGGCGCAUUCGUGGCCGACUCUUUUGCCGGGCGGUUUUGGACCAUCACCGUUGCUUCAAUCAUUUACCAAAUAGGAAUGGUAUCUUUGACACUAUCAGCUGUGCUACCCAAUUUAAGACCACCACCAUGUAACAACAAUGAGAUAUGCCAACAAGCAAACAUGGGUCAACUAGCAAUCCUAUACAUAUCCCUUCUAUUAACCGCAAUCGGGUCGGGUGGGAUUCGGCCAUGUGUGGUGGCAUUCGGGGCGGACCAAUUCGAUGAAACCGACGAGAAACAAAAAACUAGCACAUGGAAAUUCUUCAAUUGGUAUUAUUUUUGCAUGGGGGCCUCUAUGCUUGUGGCUGUGACAGUUAUUGUUUACAUUCAAGAUAAUGUUGGGUGGGGUUGGGGUCUUGGUGUACCAUCUAUAGCCAUGGCUGUUUCAAUCAUUGGGUUUGUUAUCGGGUACCCGUUGUAUCGGAAUAUGGAUCCCGCGGGUAGCCCGUUUACCCGGUUGAUUCAAGUGUGUGUUGCAGCUUAUAAGAAGAGAAACUUGCCUAUGGUUUCUGAUCCUAAAUUGCUUUAUGAAAAUGAAGAGCUUGAUGCUUCUAUUUCUGUUUCUGGAAAGCUUCUACAUACUAAACAAAUGAAAUUUCUGGAUAAGGCUGCCAUUGUCACAAAAGAAGACUUUUCAAAAGGUCAAUCAAACCCGGACUUGUGGAGGCUAAACACGGUCCACCGGGUCGAAGAGUUAAAAUCAAUAAUAAGAAUGGGCCCAAUAUGGGCCUCUGGGAUUCUUUUGAUUCUAGCAUAUGCCCAACAAAGCACUUUUUCACUCCAACAAGCCAAAACAAUGAAUAGAAGCCUAACAAAAUCUUUCCAAAUCCCAGCUGGAUCAAUGACUGUUUUCACCUUAACCUCAAUGCUAAUGACAAUAGUCUUUUACGAUCGUAUAUUCGUCCCGAUCACUCGUAAGAUCACAGGGGUAGAACGGGGAAUUACCUUUCUUACUAGGAUGGGAAUUGGCUUUGCCAUAUCGGUUCUUGCCACAUUAGUAGCCGGAUUCGUUGAAAUAAAACGCAAAAGAGCCGCUUUUGACCAUGGUUUGACUUACAAGCCUCACGAAACGAUACCCAUUUCGGUCUUUUGGUUAGUACCGCAAUACACGCUUCAUGGGAUUGCUGAAGCGUUUAUGUCAAUCGGGCAUCUUGAGUUUUUCUAUGAUCAAGCUCCGGAAAGCAUGAGAAGUACUGCGACCGCAUUGUUUUGGAUGUCGAUUGCCGCUGGAAAUUACGGUAGUACCCUUUUGGUGACAUUGGUGCAUAAUUUGAGUGCGGGUCAAGACGGGUCAAACUGGCUCCCUGAUGAUAAUUUGAAUAAGGGAAAGUUGGAGUACUUUUAUUGGUUGAUCACAUUGCUUCAAGUUGUUAAUUUGGUUUACUACUUGUUUUGUGCCAAAUUCUACACCUUAAAGCCAAUUCAGGUUGCUAGUAAUAAUAAAGUGGAUGGGGUUGAGCUAGGGCCCAAUGUUUAAAUGGGCCCAACUAGAUCUGCAUUCUCUUUGAUUUAGAGUAAUUGAAGUCAGAAGGACAUGUAUGUAUGUAUGUAACUUUGACUAUGGUUUUAACUUGUUGUUAGUAAGAUAUUAUUAGAAAUAAAAUCAUAUACAUCUUGUGAGGUGGUUGUAUUUAUAUAGACAUAAUUAAAACCUUGAUUAUUGUUA